GCCUGAGCAGCGCAGAAACCUGUUUUCUCAUCAAUGAAGAAAGAAUGCCUGCAAAGCGAUUCAAUUUGUUCCUGAAGCGGCGUCUUAUGUUUCAAAAAAGGGCACAAAGCAAAGAUUCUGUCUUCUUCCGUGAUGGAGUCAGGCAAAUUGAUUUUGUGCUUUCCUAUGUUGAUGACAUAAAGAAAGAUGCAGAGAUAAAGGCGGAAAGAAGAAAAGAGUUUGAACAAAAUCUCAGAAAAACAGGUCUUGAGUUGGAAAUUGAAGACAAAAGGGACUCAGAAGAUGGAAGAACUUAUUUUGUCAAGAUUCAUGCACCUUGGGAGGUACUAGUUACUUAUGCAGAAGUUUUGGGAAUCAAAAUGCCUGUUAAGGAGAGUGAUAUUCCCCGAACUGAGAACAGCCCUUUGCGUUAUAUGCUCGGGCCUGUGAGGCUCCCACAGGAAGUGAAGUUUCCUCGCCCUGAAUAUUUCACUGCCCAAUUCAGCAGACAUCGGCAGGAGCUCUUCCUCAUUGAAGAUGAAGCAACCUUCUUUCCAUCCUCAUCAAGAAACAGAAUUGUAUAUUAUAUUCUCUCACGGUGUCCUUUUGGCGUAGAAGAUGGGAAGAAAAGGUUUGGGAUUGAUAGACUGCUAACUUCUAAUACCUAUUCAUCUGCCUACCCACUCCAUGAUGGCCAAUAUUGGAAGCCAGCAGAACCUCCCAGUACUGUCAAUGAAAGGUAUACACUUUAUCAGAAUUGGGCACGCUUUUCCUAUUUUUACAAGGAGCAGCCUUUAGAUUUAAUUAAGGACUAUUUUGGAGAAAAAAUUGGUAUCUAUUUUGUUUUCUUGGGAUUUUACACUGAAAUGCUUCUAAUUGCAGCUGUAGUUGGCUUAGCUUGUCUUAUUUAUGGGAUAUUAUUAAUGGAUUCUAACCAAACCAGUACUGACAUCUGUGACCCUGAAAUUGGAGGUCAAUUGAUCAUGUGCCCACUCUGUGAUCAAGUAUGUGAUUAUUGGAGACUAAAUAGUACCUGCUUGAGUUCAAAGUUGUCCCAUUUAUUUGAUAAUGAAUCUACAGUAUUCUUUGCAAUAUUCAUGGGAAUUUGGGUCACACUGUUUUUGGAGUUUUGGAAACAGCGACAGGCCAGAUUGGAAUAUGAGUGGGAUUUAGUGGACUUUGAAGAGGAACAGCAGCAGCUUCAACUGAGACCUGAAUUUGAAGCUAUGUGUAAACACAGGAAAAUGAACCCAGUGACAAAGGAAUUGGAACCUUACAUGCCUCUGUGGAAUCGUAUUCCAUGGUACUUUUUAUCAGGAGCCACAGUGACAUUCUGGAUGGCUCUUGUUGUCAGCAGCAUGGUAGCGGUGAUUGUGUACCGCCUGUCCGUCUUCGCUACAUUUGCUAGCUUCAUGGAAAGUGAGGCAACCUUACAGCAUGUUAAAGUUUACUUUACUCCUCAGUUAGCCACAUCACUCUCAGGAUCAUGCUUGAACUUUAUUGUCAUCUUGAUCUUGAAUUUCUUUUAUGAAAAGAUAUCUGCCUGGAUUACAAAAAUGGAAAUUCCUCGAACUUACCAGGAGUAUGAGAGCAGUCUUACUUUGAAAAUGUUCCUGUUUCAGUUUGUAAAUUAUUACUCAUCCUGCUUCUAUGUAGCUUUCUUUAAAGGAAAGUUUGUGGGCUAUCCUGGAAAAUACACAUAUUUGUUUAAUGUGUGGAGAAGUGAAGAGUGUGAUCCUGGAGGCUGUCUAAUAGAAUUGACAACACAGAUGACCAUUGUAAUGACUGGGAAACAGAUCUUUGGAAACAUUAAAGAAGCCAUUUAUCCCUUGGUUUUUAAUUGGUGGAGACGCCGAAAAGCUCGGACCAACUCUGAGAAAUUGUACAGUCGCUGGGAGCAGGAUCAUGACCUUGAAACUUUUGGACAACUGGGGUUAUUCUAUGAAUACUUAGAAACAGUUAUCCAAUUUGGAUUUGUCACACUAUUUGUGGCCUCUUUUCCUUUGGCCCCUCUUCUUGCCCUUCUGAAUAACAUCAUAGAGAUCCGAGUGGAUGCCUGGAAACUUACUACUCAGUAUAGGAGACCUGUAGCUGCCAAAGCUCAUAGCAUAGGUGUUUGGCAAGACAUACUUUAUGGAAUGGCCGUUGUUUCUGUUGCAACUAAUGCUUUUAUUGUCGCGUUUACAUCAGACAUCAUCCCCCGUUUAGUGUACUACUACGCCUAUUCAACAAAUAUCACGCAUCCUUUGAAAGGAUAUGUCAAUAACAGUCUGUCGGUAUUCCUGAUAGCUGAUUUUCCAAACCACACUGCACCUUCGGAAAAACGAGAGUUCACCACUUGCAGGUACAGAGAUUAUAGAAACCCUCCUGAAGAUAAGGAUAAAUACAUUCAUAAUAUGCAAUUCUGGCAUGUCCUUGCUGCUAGGAUGACCUUCAUUAUAGUUAUGGAACACAUUGUGUUCUUGGUUAAAUUUUUGUUGGCCUGGAUGAUUCCUGAUGUUCCAAAAGAUGUUGAGGAGAGACUCAAACGGGAAAAGUUAAUGACUGUCAAGAUUCUCCAUGACUUUGAGCUCAAGAAAUUAAAAGAGAACUUGGGAAUUAAUUCAGAUCUAUUUUCCAAGCAAGUCAUGAUGGAAGAAAGCAAAGUACAGCUGGCUAAAUCAACAAUCUAAUCAGCAUAAUGAAAAAGCAGCUGGUUGCCUGUCUCACUCCAAUUUUUUUCUCUGGGUUUAGGGCCAGAGGCCAAAAGCCAUGUGUCAAU